AUGGCCACAGCAUUGCCUUUGCAACUGGAAAAUUAUUUUCUGUUGCUUUGUCAUUGUCUUUUUUCUCUUUCAUGUUCCCUCAUUGAUUUUUUUUUUCCCCCCUUGUGUCCACCUAUUCAUUUUCACUUUUUUUCUCUUUCGCAUCCCUCCCAUUCGAUCAUUUCUUUAUUUAUGUCUUCUCGUUCAUUCAUUUUCUCAUUUUUUUCUCCUUCCCGUCGCCUCGUUCCUUUCUCCUUCCCGUCGCCUCGUUCCUUUCUCCUUCCCGUCGCCUCGUUCCUUUCUCCUUCCCUUCUCCUUCCCGUCGCCUCGUUCCUUUCUCCUUCCGUUAUUCCCCACUGUUACUUUCUCCUGUCCCCCCGCCACUUUCUCCUCCCUGUUACUUUCUCCCCCUGUUAUUCUCUCCCCCCCCCGUUAUUUUCUUCCCCUGUUACUUUCUCCCCCUGUUAUUCUCACCCCCCGUUAUUUUCUUCCCUGUUACUUUCUCCCCCUGUUAUUCUCACCCCCUGUUACUUUCUCCCCCAUUACCACCCUUCCCCCGUUACUCCCCCACCUUACUUUCUCUUAACCCCUGUUCCUUUCUCCUUCACAUCCCACUAUUCAUUCUUUUUUUCUUUUAUGUCCUCUCAUUCAUUCAUUUUAUUUUCCUUCACGACUCCUUAUUCAUUCAUUUUGUAUCUUUUCUCCUUCACUUCUUACUCACUCUUUGUUCCCUUCUCCUCUUUACUCUCUCAACCAUUUGCUAAUUCUUUCCCCCUAUUUCUGACUAGGCCCUACCCCACCACCACAAAUUUUGUCACAUGGUAUUUUCUUCCUCUCCCACCAAACUUCUCCUUCUCUCCAAUGAGAAGAGGAAGAGGAAGAGGAGGUGAUGCCAAUGACCUAUUUACUUAUACCUUUGGGGCCAACAUGUCACUUGUUUACUCCUCUUUUUCAUUUGAACUCUUUCUUUCUGUGGGGAUUGUAUCACAAAGAAGAAAGGAAAAUCCAACAGGCUCCAUCUUUGUGGCCUUGCAUCUAUAA